ACCGACGAGAUCUCAGACCGCAGCAGACGCUUGUUUGUCAGAUCACCACUGAUUCUAUUCUCCGCUUACUCUUCAUAAGCAAUGCUGACACUCGGGAUAACUUCAUACACUUAUUCAGAACUACUGACACACAUCUUGGAUAUAACAUACGAACAAACUCAUUUGCGAAUCAUAAAGUUCUUGUAAGCUGACAUGGACGUUAAAGACUCGACGACUGAAUCAGACAUUUGGAAAGAGAGAGAAAUGUCGGAGGAGCGGUUGGAAGAAACGUGACCCAUGAAAAGCGUGAUGUUUCCUGCGAGUGAGCAUCUGAAGACACAUGGAGCUAACAGAAGGUCAAGUGUAUGUUUUGUUAAGGAUCAGACUGGAGUAGACUGUUAUGAAAAAUAAAGUUCAUUAAACUGGACAGAAAGAGGAACCAAAUGUGAGGAAUAACAGCCGACAUUUAAAAGAGGGAAACAUGAAGGAAAUCCUUUGCAGAAGCAUGUAUUAAAUCGCUCUCUCUGUGUGUGAGGAUGUUCAUUGAUCAUGUCUAUCAAAGCAAUAGAUUCAUCGAUCAAUCAGUGACUCACAUCAGAACUAAUGGUUAGAGAGCAGGACGACUGACGUGUGAUCUUUGCAUAAUACAACACAAGCGAGCACUGUUAGCAGCUGUUGCUGGAGAACUCAGAAAAGCGGAUACUCAUUUGUUGUUUUGGUUGACAUUUGUACCAAAUGCAGAAAGACUUUUGAGAUUUCUUACUCCUUCCUCAGAUGAGCUGUCAUGUCCACUACAUUAUCUUCUGUUCUCUUUGAUACAGUGAAUGUUUUAGCAGUGAAUGUGUUUGUGUGAACUGAACUUGAUGAAAUGCUCGAUAAUUGUGACUCAUACAAUGUAUUGUUGUCCGUUUCUACAAAUAUCCCUGUGAUACUGAUGACUGCUUCUGUGCUGCUUCUGGACACACAUUACAUACUAGCUACUGACCAGUGGUAGUUCAAAGGUGUUUACAAGGACCAUACAGAAGCAGAUUAUUCUGCAGAAUUCCACACGAGGAGCGAUGAGAAGAAUCUGAGAACAUCAGGAGAACUCCUCAAUCUCAGAUCAUGAUGGAGAAGAGUGAUCCGCCCGUCUCGCCCUCCUCACCGUCUCCAUCUGUCCUCCAGCACAUCAGCCCUGCUCGCAUGAGUUCACCUGAUGCUAACACGGCUCGUGACGCAGAGAGCCGAACAGACACCACGGCCAGCGCAGCGGAACCAGAGGCCAUCGGAGCCGAGACGGACCAGACGACACCUCCCCGGCCGAGCCCCCCCGUCACAUCCACAGAGUCGAGUGGAGAGUGUGUGUCCUCAUCCUCCUCGUCCUCGACCUCCCUCCCUCCCAACAUCCCGGUCAUCAGCCUGGCUCACAGUAAACCCCCCCUGCCUCCCCUGUCCAUGCUGUCGGCCCCACUGAGGGCCCUGCACCCCGCUCCUCGCCUCCCGCACGGCCCCCCCGAGCUGAGACUGGCACACCUGUCCUCACUGUCCAGCCCUGGACCCCCUGCGGCCCUCCUGCCUCCACCCUUCCUGCAGACACACCCCUUCAUCAGCAGCUCUUUCCUUGGACCAUCUGGGAGCUUUGGGAUCUUCGGGAACGCUCGUAUGAAGAGACGGCCCUCCACACACUUCGAACUGGAUCUCAAUGAUGGUCCUCCUCAGAAGUUGGCUCGGCGUGUCUUCACUAACAGCCGCGAACGCUGGCGGCAACAGAACGUAAAUGGUGCGUUCUCUGAGCUUCGGAAACUCAUCCCGACCCACCCGCCUGACAAGAAGCUCAGCAAGAACGAGAUCCUGCGCCUCGCCAUGAAGUACAUCAACUUCCUCGUCCAGCUGCUGAAUGACCAGACGAGUGACCAGGUGUGUAAAGGCACGACGGAGGGUCAGGAGCGCCGGAAGAAGGAUGGAAGUGAAGCUUUGGGAAACAGCAGCUCUCCGUCCCGUAAAAACAGAGACUCCACGGACUCCAUGACGGUGCUGACGGCGUCGUCGGGCUCCAGUUGUUGCGGUGACACGGACAGCGAGGAGAGCACGGGUCCACGGACCUGCGGCAUCGAGACGAAACACGGCAGCAGCGGAAUCACGGAGAAGGUUCAGGAACAGAUCCUAGCAGUCACAGCGAGUAACUACCAGCGGUGACCAGCACUAACCAACCUCGAACUGACACGCAUAUAAACUCUCAUAGAAAUCUUGUGUGGAAUGACCCAUAUUUACUUUUUGUACAUUUUUGGAUUGGGUUUAAUCUUGGCUUGUAUUCUGGAUCCAUGUUUCAUGUGUUGAGUUAGCCGUGUCACGUGGUUCUUCAUGUCUGCAACUUCUCCAUUUAAUUUCCUCUCACUGAUAUUUCAAGGAGUUGUACGUGCGGCUCAGUCAGGGAAUAAAUAGAGUUUGUGGGUUCCUGGUGUACCUCGGACAUCACAUCUACCACUGUCUAAAGCAUUCUGACGGGAUUAUUUAAUAAUGUAUUCAUCUUUUGAAAGCAUGAAUGCUAAAUGGAGUGAAAUGGAGACUUGCUGGUUCAGUGUUCCUCUGUCUUGGUUCCCGUGGACAUCUGAAGACCUGCAGCAUCUUCAGGAGAAUCUGAUGGGGAAUGUUCUGAAUGCAGCUCACAUCACACUCUGAUCACAGUCUGCUCUGGAUUAUCUUUGUUUGCUCUGUCUGUAAGAAGAUGUAAUUAUAUGGCUUGCAUUCAACUGAUUUUGGUCUGAAUAAAUUAAACAUGAUCGUUUCAGA